UUAUGUAAAUCAAUUAUACGCUUUAGGUCAAAUAAAGUCGUUUGAAGAGAUAGCCCAUAAAUGUGUGGGGGGAAGACAAUCAGAAACAUUGUUUUUUACAAAUAAGUAACACAGAUCAUAAACCAAUAAAAGGAGAGAUUGGAGAUUUCAGGGAUUCUAUAUAUAAGAAAAGUUUAAUUAGACUAUUUCCUUAUGCGAAGUUGCUGUCUCGGCAUGCUGGGAGUUGUGGUUCUGCAGCGGUUGGGGGUUCACAGCUUGAAGACCACUGCUAUAGAGGGUGCAAAUGUAUCUGAGCCCUGGAACUCAAAUAAUGUGAAAUAUGAGAUGAUCAAAAUGGAGCCCCUGCACUAAUUACUUGGGUUCUGAGGUCUGUAAGGUCCAUAGUAAAAACAUCAGGUUCUGUCUAUAGCAGAUACUAAAUCAUGGCAGCUCAAAGAAACAAGCAGUCAUUCUGACAUGUCACAUGUGAUGUCAUAGACAGCUGGAGGCCUGACAUUCCACUGACAGCCGCCCGAGCCUUCAGUCAGUUCCAGUGCGAUUAGUGAGAAUAGUGAGAUUAGCGUCUUCUUCUUCUACUUGUCUGAAAUGGAGCUAAAAGGACUGGGGUUCGUCCCCCUCCUGUUGGCGUUUUGGUGUGCGGCCUGGCUUGCCACCAGCUACAUCAUGACGGUCGUCCUCGGCCAUGCAGCCUCGCCACUGAUGAGCAUCAGUGACGUGGGAAAUGUCUUUCCCGAAAGCAUAUUAUUCAGAAUUGGAUUCAUAGGGACGUCCAUUGGCACUUUGGUACUAACCUUUCUUAUUUAUAAGUAUAUGGUUAUGCAUACUGAAGAGUUCAGGGGUCAUCAGGUCCUGAUCCAGAGGAUCCUGCUGGCCAUUGUGUGCGCCUCCUGUUUUUCCACAGCUGUUAUGCAUGUAUUGUCCCCCGAAGAAUAUCCCAGGAUACACUUUGUCAGCACGAUAAUUUCCAUUACAUGUGAAGCCUUAUACUACCUUGGGCAGUCCAUCCAGAUGUAUAAAUUACCAGGAGCAAAAAAAGUCAUCCACCAUAGUAGAUGCACCUGCUGUGGCCUGACUUUUGUCUGUGUAGUUUUCUAUUUUGGAUAUGAAACAUUAAAGGAAUUAUUCCAUAAUGAUGAAGACUGGGACGAGAUCCGUGAAAUCCCCAUCAUAAUCAUCGAGUGGGUGAUGCUUCUACUGAUCCUGAUAAACAUCGUGACCUAUUAUUCCACCAUGCAGAGGUUAUUGUUGACCGUCUCCAGAAACAGCUGCGAACAGCCAUCCUGAAUAUAGAUAUUUAAAUCCAGGAACUCACAUUUUUUGGGGGACUGAUGCAGCGCUGCCUUUGGAUAUCUCUGGCUCUGCCAUAGCGCUUUUUUUGAGGGGGCGUGUCGGCUGCCCCUUCGUCUGGUGGUCAACACUAGUGUUGCUCGCAAAUAUUCGCAAUGCGCGAAUUCGCGAAUAUUCGCCAAUAUAGCACUAUAUAUUCGAAAUUACGAAUAUUGUUUUUUUUUUUUUUCACAAUACACAUCACAGUGAUCAUCCCUCUCUGCUUCCAGCUUGUGUGGUGUAAAGAAGGCUCUAAUACUACUGUGUGAGACUGGCAUAUGAAUUUUCGCAUAUGGGAAAAUUUGCUUAUGCACAUUUUCAUUUAUGCAAAUUUUCGCAUAUGCAAAAAUAUUACGCGAAUAUUACGAAUAUGCGAAUUUAGCGAAUAUAUGACGAAUAUUUGUCCAUAUAUACGCGAAAUAUCGCGAAUUCGA